AAGCGCGCGCCAUUCCUCGCGCACUCGCGCUCGCGGGCCUCGUUUCGAACGCCGGCGAUCGUCCCGAAGAGCCCGAGAACCGCUACUACGAACCAUGGAAGACUCGGACCCGACGGGCACAGGGGAGUGUAGCGGCGGCGCCGUCUCUGCCGGUGCCGCCUGUUGUACGCCCGCCAGUGCCCUGGCCGAAGACAAGACCAACCCUACCGAGCUCCUGCGCUGGGUCAACGGAUAUCUGGGAACUCGACACGGUAAGAUCGAAGAUCUGUGCUCCGGGGCUGCGUACUGCCAGUUCAUGGACAUGCUCUUUCCUGGAACCAUCGACCUGGCCAAGGUGAACCUGAGGGCCAAGCGAGGACGCGAGUCCGUCCAGAACUUCGAGGCGCUGCGAGAGGCAUUCGAGCAAGUCGGCGUCGACCGGGAAGUGCCGGUGGAGCGGCUGGCCGGAGGGAGCUACCGUGACAACCUCGCGCUGGCGCAGUGGUUCAAGGAGUUAUUCGAAGCCCAGUACGCGGAGCCCGCUACUGUGGCAGCCGCCGCUGUACCCCUGGCAGCCGCCGGCGGCUACGCGACGCCACUGGUGAUCGCCACGUCGGGACCGUUCGCAUGCCACACCACCGUGCACGAUCGCCGCUUCACCGAGGGCACUGGCAAACCCGAGGAGACCCGGGCCACCGUGGAGGAGACCGGAGCCGGCUCCGGGGUAGGUCUUCCGCCGUCCAGGCCCAUUGGUGUAGCGGCGAGGAUGGCGACCUGUGGCGGCGGCGGCGCUGGUGCCGGAGACUUCUCGGACACCGUCGAAGAGCUCGUGGGCCAGGUCGCGGAGCUCAAGGACGCCCUGUACUGGCUGGAGAUUGAGCGAAACUUCUACUACAGCAAGCUGUGCGAGAUCGAGGUGCUGUGCUGGGAGCACGAGCGGGAGCACGGCAAAGACGACGUCACCGAGCAGAUCUUGGACAUCAUGCGCGGCAGCGAUGACGACGACUGGUACGACGAGGAGGACGACGACACCGCUCAGAGCGGCGAACUCGAUGCCGAGGUGCCCAAGGAGGAACCGCACUAGCCGGGGGGCCCAGCUGACCAUCGACGCGCCUUUCAUGCCCCGUUCAACCGAUACUCGCAGCAGGACGGCUCCUUUCCGGCUAGGUCUCUUCGCUCUUUCUUUUCUUCCUUCUUGUUCUUGUUUUUCUCAAAGAAGCACUUUUUUUUGCC